GAUCGCGUUACUUUUAUUGUGCGUCAUGUUUAUAUCGUUUGUGCGGGGUUAGGGGUUGGAUGAAUAUACAAAAAGGGGUGAGAUGCGCCCUCAAAGGCCGUAUACUUGAUUGAAAUUUAAAGAAAACAUCGCGGUCCGUUGUUUAGAGACGUUAGCAUGGACUCGUUUAUGUUGUCAGGUUGUUGGGUCAGAUACAACAAGAGCUGACAUAAGAAACUUAUCGGACCUACGGCCACCCUAUUCUACACAACGUAAAAGAACUAAAUCGCAGAGCUUCUGUACACUGGACGAUGUAGCCACCAACUUGUCACGUCCUGUCGGAAUGACUUGCGGAUGGUAUGGCUACUCGAUUUUCCAACACUCUCCCGUUGAGAAGUGACCGAGAAGAUGCUUUCUAAUCCGGACAAGCCCCAAAGCGCCCCUGCCGAGGGUCGUUCUCCACAACCAGACAUGCCCGGGAAACCCCUUACCUCUAAGUUCCUGCGUAAAGGGAACGCCGUGCGUGAGAUCCAGGACUGGGCGUCCGAUGGGACGGCGCCUGGAUUCUCACGCCACAGCGGACAGCUUUCAGACAAUGUCACGGAAGAAAGGAUGCUUAAAUCAAAAAUAAUGGAUUUAUCCAAGGAACGAUAUAAAUACAUGACGCAGAGCGUUUAUGACAUGAAGCAAUUUCUCGACAAACAAAAAAAGAAGAGUCGAAUACUUCAAGAUUUACUGAAAAAUAUUGAGGUUGACUCCUCGUCACGGCGCAAAAGCUGGCCCGUGCAGCUGGGCACCAGCGAUGAAGGCGUGAAUCACGCGCGCCAUGCCAUGCUAGACCGGUUUGAUCCCACCAAAGCCCGGGACCGCCCCAAGGAGAUCGUAGAGUUAGAGAGACAGCAGGAGGAGGAACGAAAUAAAAGAGCGGCGUCCCAGUUAUCCAUGCCUAGACUCAGGACCCCUGUCUUCCAAACAGAACCGCGGCUCUUAAAAGAAAAGCUUCAUCUGACUCACUGCCUUGUGUUCACUCCAAGCAAGCUAUAGGACAGACAACUGUUCAAGAAACAAUAUCAGAGGAGGAGGAAGGUCACAAACCAAAGUUGUUGAUAAAGUCAGUGUCUGAUUUACAUGAUAAGCGGGCGUAUCUGUCAAAAGUUCGUUCUCGUUCUCCUGUGAGAGACCCGAGGUACACGGCGCUGGUGAAAGAUGUGCUGUCUGAGCCGUACAAUAUGGCCUCCCCGGUGGAAGUGUCCGCUGUGGUGAGCAAGAUGCCCGCUUUACACGUCCCACCCAGGCAACCCAAAGAAGCCAAACCAAAACUGGCGAAUAAGAUUCAGGAAUACAUGCGUGAACGCGGCAUAGUUUUCUAAAUAAUACAAAAACAGAAUUACUGAGCAUUGACUUACAAAAACUAACUUGAAAUUGGUUCUGUUACAAUGACAAAAUACGACAACAUUCACGAACAGCAGAAAGAAAACGCUGCGAAAGUGUUUAUUUGUGAAGACGUGAAAAUAACUCCCAAAGAUCCUCAGAGGACAUUUCGUUGUAUGGUAAAUAGAAACGUCAAGCUUUUGUGUCAGGGUCAGUCUGAUGUACCCGUAUCGUACAGACGUUGAAGUUUAUUACAAAGCAUGUGUUUGUGUACUCGUUGUUGUCCCCACCGACAAAAAAGUAGACUUCAUGAUUCUCUAGUCUGCUGACUCGCUCAACACAGCUUGUCUUGACAGUAGACCUUCCUGCACAAGUACACGUGCACUUUUGCUCACACGAGCGGCAUUUACAUUACCUGUUGUCAGCUUGUUGUAUCUGAUGUAAACUGUGUCCAUUAAAUAAGAGAGAGAUAACUGUGAUUCCGGUCAUUCCUUCCAGCCAUUGUGGUCACUGCCUCCUACGUUAUUUACUGUCCCAAUUUAAUAUACGAGCUUUUGGAUUCUCUCUUUUCUUUCUUGUAUGUAGUAUAAAUAUCAUGUGUUCGUUUCGAUUGCUCACGAUUUCAAUUGUGAAAAGUGUUUAUCACGUUUUGUAGACAGUACAGUUUUUGAGUAUAUAAUUGUGGUACAGCAUAAUAUGGAUACAUAAAACCUAUUUGUCAAAUUUAUUUUGCAAAUAAUUUGACAAUUAGAUAUAAUUUAUCCUCCAAUGUUUUAUAUUCAGUUUUGUACAGUAUUGUGAUACAUAUAUAUUUUUUCAAAUGUAACUGGAAUAAGUAUUGUGCUCACUUUUUAAAAACAUAUUACAAGCGGCAAAUAUUUUUAUCCCACCUGUGCAUCCAGUAUUUUAUAUCCAUGUAGGUAUCGUUUGCCUUGUCAUAGCGUACUUUAUUCAUACCUCUCACCCUUUAGCCAGUAUA